UCCCUUCCCUUCCUCCCUCCCUUCCCCGAGAGGACGGACUGGUGGUGCUCGCCCCGCUUCGAUCUCCCGAUCCGGUCGCCCUCGAGCGCCCCGAUUCACCGCUGAUUUCAGCGCCCCGACCGGAGUUGAGUCCGGGUUUUAUCUUGGCCGGAUCAGCGUCGCCGCUCGGGGGGUCCGAUUCGUGGACAUGGCCACCCCCGACGACGGCCCGGCCGCCUCCGGGAGCGGCGUCGGCGCGGGGCGGAAGUUCUGGCGCUCGGCGUCCUGGUCCGCGUCACGGGGGGCCGCCGAGCCGCCGCCGGAUGCGGCAACAGCGCCGGGGACCGGCGGCCAGACCCGCCGCGUCCCGCCACCGCCGCCCCUGACUCCGAGGUCGAUGGGCGCGAAGGCGCGUUCCUGCCUCCCACCGCUGCAGCCGCUCGCCAUCACCCGCCGCAGCCUGGACGAGUGGCCCAAGGCUGGCUCCGACGACGUGGGUGAGUGGCCCAACCCCACCACGCCAGGAGCGUCUAAGGCGGACAGCCCGUCCUCCGCCAAGCCCGGCGAGGGCCUCCGGCUGGACCUUUCCUCCGUCCGGUCGCAGGGCCGCAAGGACCAGAUCGCCUUCUUUGACAAGGAAUGCUCCAAGGUCGCCGAGCAUGUCUACCUUGGAGGUGACGCCGUCGCCAAGAAUCGUGACAUCCUGCGGAAGAACGGGAUCACCCACGUCCUCAACUGCGUGGGCUUCGUCUGCCCGGAGUACUUCAAGUCGGACCUUGUCUACCGAACGCUUUGGCUGCAGGACAGCCCCACGGAGGACAUCACCAGCAUCUUGUAUGAUGUGUUUGAUUAUUUUGAGGAUGUGAGGGAGCAAGGCGGGCGUGUGUUCGUGCAUUGCUGCCAGGGGGUGUCGCGGUCAACAUCGCUGGUGAUUGCCUACUUGAUGUGGAGGGAAGGGCAGAGCUUUGAUGAUGCGUUCCAAUUUGUGAAAGCCGCCCGUGGGAUCGCAAAUCCGAACAUGGGGUUUGCCUGCCAGCUGCUCCAGUGCCAAAAGCGGGUGCAUGCUAUUCCGUUGUCCCCAAAUUCAGUUCUCCGGAUGUACCGUAUGGCGCCUCACUCGCAGUAUGCCCCUCUGCAUUUAGUGCCCAAAAUGCUCAAUGAGCCAUCACCUGCUACCCUGGACUCUAGAGGUGCCUUCAUCGUUCAUGUUUUGUCGUCGAUCUAUGUCUGGGUUGGGAUGAAGUGCGAUCAGGUGAUGGAGAAGGAUGCAAGAGCGGCAGCCUUUCAGGUGGUGAGGUAUGAGAAGGUGCAGGGGCACAUUAAGGUUCUUAGAGAAGGGCUGGAGCCACAAGAGUUUUGGGAUGCCUUUUCAAGUGCACCACUUAAUUCAGAUAGCAAUACAAAGGUUAGCAAGGAACAGAUUGAUUCAGCAUCCAAGAGUAACCCGGGAAGCCGGAGAGUGGAAUCAUAUGAUGCUGAUUUUGAGCUUGUCUACAAAGCAAUCACUGGGGGUGUAGUUCCAGCAUUCUCAACUUCUGGGGCUGGGGAUGAGACCCAUCUUCCAGCUAGAGAAAGUAGCUGGAGUUCACUUAGGCACAAGUUUAUCACCAGGUCGCUAUCUCGAGUUUAUUCAGAUUCUGCUCUAAUCAGGGAUUUGGAUCCACGGGUGGACCGUUUACAGCACUUGGCUGCAGAAGCAUCAACUUCACCUCCUUUCCUUUCUCCGAGUUCUUUAUCGUCGGAUUCAAGCAUCAGUUCAAAGUAUAGUUCGGACUCACCCUCCCUGUCACCUUCAACUAGCUCCCCACCAUCAUUUGGUCUCUCGCCUGCUUCAUCUAAUUUGCCCCAUGCUUUGGUGGCAUCGUCCAGGUCUCCCCUUUCUCAAUCAUCUAAUGAGGAACCUUCAAAGCCUGGCCUGGAAUCAAUACGCUCUCCUUCCAAGACCUCUUCCAUAGCUGAAAGAAGAGGAGGCUUUUCACUUCUAAAGUUACCAUCUCUGCAAAAGGAUCUAGUAUUGCUGCCAAGGGUACCGCCUACUAUUCGCAGAGCUGAGGAAAUCUCAGAUAAGAGUAAUACAAAUGGUGUUAAACAGCUGACUGGCGAGUGUUGCUCAGAAAAAUGCACUGGUAAUAGUUCGACCUCACAUGCUGAAACUAGAUUAAUCGAGCAUACUGACAGUGACCCAGAGGCUUGCAGUAAUGCACGCAUAUUAGUCUACCAGUGGCCUGGCAUGGAAAAGCUAACUACAUUCGCACGCAAGGAUCUUGACCCAAAGUCAGUUUUGAUUUUUAUUACUUCAAAUGCCAGCAGAAUAGAAGCAGUUAAAAUGGUAUAUGUAUGGAUAGGAGGUGAAUGUGGGAGCGGCAAAGGUGUUGACUGGCAACAAGUUACUGGUGAUUUUCUUCAUCUAAAGGGCCUCAGCAAUGCUCUUCCUGUUAAGGUUUUCAAGGAGCAUGAAACCGAGAGUCUUUUGGAAGUACUGAAUACUAGUUAACUGUAGGCUGUAGGUAUCAGGAUAUUUUAGUAGCUUAACAAACUCAGCUACAAAUUAUCAUUCAAUGAAGGCGUGCCCUCCAGCAUCAGUCGUUACCGAUGAUUGUCAGCGAGGUAUAAGCCACAACAACCACUCCCCUGAACAUAAUAGGCUACAAACAGAUUCCAUUUAGUAGAACUGAUGGAUUGGCAAUUGUGCCUCAUGAUCUGCUCUUGUCCAAAUGGCAGGAGGCUGCCAAGAACGUUUUAUCUGUGAAUUAACACUUAUCCACUCUCCUGUAAUGUAAGCUCAGAUACCGGGAGGUCGCCGUGUCAUUACUUUUCACCCAAAACAUUCUUGUACAUCUUUGAAAGGAACAGAUUUUUAAUCCUCUUGGCUUAUAAGUGGCUCAAUUGGUCAUAACUUUUAAGCUACAUGUCUGUUAACUAUUAUUCUCAGGUUUCUUGCAAUGUAAUUCUGGUCGUUACUGGUGAUUUUCCAAAAUCUGAUAUAAACUGAAACUCAUCUUGCCUGCCA